AUGGCUACGAUAUUUAAAUUAGCCAAAGCAGUUGCUGAUAACAAAGAGGAGGUUUCUGCUGAAAAGAAAUCUACUAAAAAUAAGCAAAGAGUCCUAGCUUUGUCUUCGAGAGGAAUUAAUUACCGUCAGAGACAUCUUUUGAAUGACUUAGAGGCUCUUUUACCUCAUUUUAAAAAAGAUUCGAAGCUUGACACAAAAUUCAAGCUUGGAGUACUUAAUGAACUUGCCGAGUUAAAUAAUUGUAAUAACUGUGUUUUUUUUGAGGUACGUAAACGUCAGGAUCUUUAUAUGUGGACAAGUAAGACUCCAAAUGGCCCAAGUAUUAAAUUUCACGUUCAAAAUAUUCACACAAUGGAUGAACUCAAAAUGACAGGGAAUUGCCUUAAGGGUUCACGUCAUAUUUUGUCUUUUGAUAAAAAUUUCGAGUCAGAACCUCAUUUAAUCUUGAUUAAAGAAGUUUUCACUCAUAUUUUUGGAGUUCCAAAGGGCGCCCGUCGUUCAAAACCAUUCAUUGAUCAUGUCAUAUCAUUUACUAUAGCAGAUAAUCGAAUAUGGUUUCGAAACUUUCAGAUUGUUGAGAAAGAUCCAACAGAUCCCAAUAAAAAGUUCAAUGACAAGGACGUUUCUCUCGUAGAGAUUGGGCCGAGGUUUGUCCUUAAUGUCAUUAGAAUAUUUGAAGGCAGUUUUUGUGGUGCGACUGUUUAUGCAAAUCCCGAAUUUAUAACUCCAAAUCAGAUUCGACACAGUAUUAAUAUACAGAAAGCUGCUCGAUAUAACAAGAGGAAGAUGGCACAAAGUAAAAGACAAUUAAAGAUUGCAAAUAUAGAUAUGUCAGAAGAUUCAGCGAAUGAAAGUAAUAAAGAGGAUUAA